AUGUCUUUUAGCUUUGCUGCCUUCACUCCUCCUGCACCCCUUGACUUGGGUAAGGAUCGGAUCCUCGCGGAAUGGAAGGAACUGGAGGAUAGGGUGAUUGCUGAGGCAAAGUACAUUCUGGAUGGUAAGGAGGAGCUGCAGGAAGAAUGGAGGAUGUGGUGUGAAUGUUGGGCCGAUAUUAUGGUGAGUGAUCUGUCUAUUCCGUUUGAUACGGAACGUUACCCCUCCACUUCUAGAGAGCGCUAUCCAACUGCACUGACCGGGGCUGCGCCCAGAACGUCGUCCUUACGAUGUCCGGUGAGGGCAAGGGCCGCUGGGCUUGGGGCCAAUGAGCAGUACGAACGAUGGACUCAUGAACACGGUGCCCUCGAAGCGUGCAUGAAGGAUCGUGAGUCCUGUGAGGUGCAGAUGGGUAUUGACUCCCCCCCCGCGCGCCUGCACCGGAUCCGCCCCUGCACAACCCCCUUCAACGGACGGAAUGGGCAGGUCUGCAUCCCUCGCCCCCCGGAUCAACCAUAUGAAGAUGGAGGUAGCUAUCCCAUCCAAGUCUGCUGUUGCUCAGAAGACCGUGACUCACGAUCUGCCCUGCGCGCGUUGCGUCAAGGUGAGGAGAAGCGGUCCUGUAAUGGGUGCAACACGGUUCAUCAGAAGUGUGAGUAUGCUUCGUUUGGAAAGGCGAUGGGCCUUAAGGGCAAGGUAUUGGAUGCACCCACCCUCUCUGCUAGUGCUAGUGGAUCCCUCCGCUGGACCGUCUCAUCUCCCGGGUUGGCUGUUCUGUCUGGCACGGAACCCAAGGGUAAGGGAAAGGGUAAGGUGAAGGAAGUUGUCCCUGCCACCCCUACAGUGGAGGAGUCGUCUGAUGAAGUGUCGCACUAUGAGAAGGGCAAGAUCGCGAAGGUGGCAGCAUGA